UAGAGUCCACCAUGUCGUAUUCUAUACAGUUCUCAACACAGUCGCGGUAUUUCUUCUCGUGGAAGUUCCCGCCUCCCUCCGAAGAUAUAAAGGUUUUUUUUUUCUCCUUAUGAGAUCGGCAAUGGCUUUGAGCUACUUCAGUUCUGAUCAAACAGUUUGGGUUUUCUUAUCUUAAUAGGAUCUCAGCAAACUUGGAGGCUCUGAUUGCUAAUAUCAGACGAUUAGAUGGAUGACGAGAUCAAUACUCUACGGGUGCUCAUUGCAACUGACUGUCACUUAGGUUAUAUGGAGAAAGAUGAAAUACGACGGUUUGAUUCAUUUCAGGCUUUUGAGGAGAUCUGCUCAAUAGCCGAACAAAAACAGGUGGAUUUCUUACUUCUCGGUGGUGAUCUGUUUCAUGAAAACAAACCUUCAAGGUCAACAUUGGUGAAAGCCAUUGAGAUACUUAGGAGAUAUUGCCUAAAUGAUCGACCCGUGCAAUUUCAAGUUGUCAGUGAUCAAACUAUUAACUUCCAGAACAUUUUUGGUCAUGUAAACUAUGAAGACCCUCACUUCAACGUUGGCUUACCAGUCUUUACCAUUCAUGGAAAUCAUGAUGAUCCAGCUGGAGUGAUGAUAGUGUUUAUUCCAAUUGUCUAUUUCUACCGGAAGAAGGAUAACCUUUCUGCCAUUGAUAUUCUUUCUGCAAGUAAUCUUGUAAACUAUUUUGGUAAAAUGAUCCUUGGUGGCUCUGGAGUUGGUCAGAUAACACUCUAUCCUAUACUUAUAAGGAAGGGUACAACAUCUGUAGCUUUGUAUGGUCUUGGAAAUAUCAGAGAUGAGAGACUUAACAGGAUGUUUCAGACACCACAUGCAAUUCAGUGGAUGCGGCCAGAACCUCAAGAGGGCUGUCCAGUGUUUGAUUGGUUCAACAUUCUGGUUCUUCACCAAAAUAGAAUCAAAACAAAUCCAAAAAAUGCAGUUAAUGAACAUUUCUUGCCACGAUUUCUAGAUUUUAUUGUGUGGGGGCAUGAACAUGAAUGCCUUGUUGAUCCACAGGAAGUUCCAGGAAUGGGUUUUCAUAUCAGUCAGCCUGGUUCGUCUGUUGCAACAUCUCUAAUUGAUGGCGAAGCAAAGCCCAAGCAUGUACUUCUCAUGGAAAUCAAGGGAAGUCAGUACAGACCAACAAAGAUUCCUUUGAAGUCAGUUAGACCUUUUGAAUAUGCUGAGGUUGUUUUAAAAGAUGAAGCUGAUGUUGAUCCCAAUGAUCAAGCAUCGGUUCUUGAACAUUUAGACAAAGUUGUGAGAAAUCUGAUUGAAAGAAAUAGUAGAACGGCUGUUAGCAGGUCAGAGCUUAAGCUUCCUUUGAUUCGGUUAAAGGUGGACUACUCUGGAUUUACGACUAUAAAUCCACAAAGAUUUGGCCAAAAGUAUGUGGGAAAGGUAGCUAAUCCGCAGGAUAUUCUGAUUUUCUCCAAGGCUGCAAAAAAACGCCAAUCUCUUGAAGAUAAGAUUGAUGACUCUGAGAAGCUUCGUCCGGAGGAAUUGAAUCAACAAAAUAUUGAGGCCCUUGUAGCCGAAAGUAAUCUGAAAAUGGAGAUCCUUCCAGUUAAUGAUUUGGAUAUAGCAUUACAUGAAUUUGUUAACAAGGAUGACAAGAUGGCAUUUUAUUCGUGCUUGCAGAACAAUCUUCAGGAAACAAGGAAUAAACUAAACUCAGAAGCAGAUAAUUUGAAGUUUGAAGAGGAAGAGUUGAUACUAAAAGUCACCGAAUCCAUGCAGGAACGUGUAAAGCAAAGGUCAUUACAUUCAAAGGAAGACACUAGAAUCACAGCGAACUCACAGAACCCACUGGGUGGUAGAUCUAGGAGUACGACCGCUCCUAGAAGUACCAAUUCCUUCAGUGAUGAAGAAGACACUGGGCAAAUGCUCUCUAGCUCAACGCCUGUUGGACGAGGAAGAAAAGGAACUUCUGAUGUGCCUAAACCCACUCAAGCUGGAGUUUCAAAGAGAGCCAGGGGAAGGGGUUCAAGCAGUUUAAAGCAGAUGACUCUGCAGGCAACAUUGAAAACUCGACAUUCUGAGAGAUCAGCUUCGGGCUCGGCAUCGACUGUAGUUCAUUCUAUGGUUGAUGAAGAGGUGGAUUCCCCUUCAAGUGAAGAAACAGGGAAGUAUGAAGUAAACGAAGCGGUUGAGAGUUCUGAACCUGAAGAAAAUUUUAAAGGGAAGACUCGCAAAAGAGGGGCUCCUAGAGGAAGAGGGAGAGGGAGAGGUGCUUCAUCUACUUCAAAAAGAGGAAGAAAGUCAGACAUGUCUUCAAUCCGUAGCAUGUUUUUGAGUAAGGAUGAUGAUGAUGAUGAUGACAUGUCAAAUAAACCAAAGGAAAUUCAAGCUCGGGUAUCUGGCAAUUAUGGAGCAAUCAGGAGGAGAUGAUCUCUAUCAAAAGCAAGACCACCUUUCCUUUUCAUAAAGUGGCAGCUUGUGGAUUGUUUAAAUCUACUACUUCGGUUUCAUGUGGUAAUUUCAACCAUAGAUUAGCUAUUAUUAUUUUCUUCUGUAUUGUUCAUGUUUCUUUGGAAUUUAUGAAGAGAACUAUAGUUGCAGUAAUCGAUACAAAGUUGAUAUUUGAGUAUAAUCCUUUGUUAGCAAGCAGGUCGAGUUGAUAAGGUUCAAAUAAUGAAUUAAAAUCUUUCAAUUAUUUUACUAAUGAUUGUGCUGAGUAAAAAAA